GGUUGGGUCAACGGGGGACAUUGGGGAGAUGGGGAUGCAUGGACCUCCAGGAGAGAAAGGCAUUCCUAUCGUAGGUCCUAUGGGAGAACCAGGUUAUGCACCAGAAUCAGGGCCCCCAGGAGAGAAGGGGGAACGGGGUCGCAGAUCAGGCGACACUGUGUCUGGAGAACCAGGAAAGCGUGGUGUGGCCGGCUCCAGAGGGCCACCAGGGCCCCCUGGCACCGCGGCUUGUGGAAAAUACUGUGUGCCUGGCGAUCCUGGAGACCGAGGAGAGCAUGGAGGCCGAGGUGCACCUGGCGGCAGAGGUCCGAAAGGACUAAGAGGUGAUUUAGGUGACUGUGGAUGUAUUGCUAGUCCAAUGCCCGGCGAUCCCGGACCUAAGGGUUUUCAAGGGCAGAGAGGUAACCCGGGUGACCUAGGAGCCCCAGGCGACAAUGGCAAUCCCGGCUUUCCUGGUGAUCUGGGUGCGGUCGGUCCAGCCGGCAUUCCUGGAUAUCGAGGUGGCACAGGUGAAAAGGGUCAGAAAGGUGACCCGUACAUCAUAGACACUCCAGGUUCAGGUCCAAAAGGUGACCGUGGGCCCAGAGGACGGCCAGGCCGCCCAGGAUACACAGGCAUGUCAGGGAUCAAGGGCAGUGACGGAGUGCCUGGACCACAGGGGCUUCUAGGGAUAUGGGGUAUCCUGGAUACUUUGGUUCAAAGGGUCUCAGGGGCCCGGGCGGCCCCCCAGGGCAGGGUGUGCCCGGUGCUCCAGGGCAGAGGGGCCCGUCUGGAGACCCUGGGCCUGCAGGACUAA